GUCAGCUGAGACUGUAAACUCCGAGUCGCGGUGCUGUGUGCCGCAGGAUGUGGUUAGAUUUGUUCCUCUGCGACAUAAACAGCCGCUGAUGAUGAUGAUGAUGGGGGUGUCUCCUCCUCCCCGCUGAGCUGAACGCAUCACAGGGGGACUCCUCAUUAAACGCAGUUGAGUAAAGGUACAGAACCGGAGAAACAGGACAGAACAUUUCCACCUAGAUACCCGCCGACAUGUUCACCGGGAUGCGGACGGAGGACCGCGGGGACUCCGGGAUCCUGGAUGCUGCGGCUCUGAGGCAGCAGAGGAGGCUGAAACAGGCGAUCCAGUUCCUCCAUAAGGACUCUGCUGAUCUGCUGCCUCUGGAUGGACUGAAGAAGCUCGGGACAUCCAAACAGGGGCAGCCGCAUCACAUCCUACAGAAGCGCCUGCUUGAAGCCAAGUUGACCCGGGGAAGGAUAAGCAUGUGUGGGGUGACGACACCAAAUAACAACGCUGUGCUUUUGACCUGCAGUCAUUUAAAUUCACAUGAGAAUGAGGAAGAAGAGGAGGAAGACUUCAUCUAUGUCCCCUGCCAGUGUUUAGGACACGAGGUGAAUGUGCUGAUUGACACUGGCUGCAAACUGAACCUGAUGUCCUCUCAGACUGCGGAGAGAUUAGGUUUAAAAGAUUUGAUUGAGGAGAACAAACAGGAGAUGGACGGCUUUCCAUUUCAACGGAAACUCCACAUUGACGGUUAUAUCGAGGAACUCAGUCUAAACAUCGGACAGCUCAGGAUAAUGUGCUCCUUUGCUGUAGUGGAUUGUAACAAGCCACUGAUGUCUCUGGGCAACAAGACAUUAAAGUCACUCAAGUGUGUAAUUGACACUGAAAAGCAGAUGUUGGUGUUUGGGAGAGCCAUGAGAGAGCAAGUUCAGUUUGCCAAAAAGCCAUUCAAUGAAAGCAGUUUCUCUAACUACAGAAACCUGUAAUACUGACUUCCCUGCUGCCAACACACACAGUGACCAGAAGCAAUAGAAUUAUUUCCUCAUACAACUAGAUGCCUCAUUAGAGAAGUUCAUAUUUCUCAUUUCAUAAACUCUCUCACACUCUGUUUGUUUGUUUGCUGCAGGCAUCGGCAGCGGCGGACACAAACAGUUCCUCAUGUCAUGUAGCACUGGCAAUGAUUUCUCGUAGCUUAGCAUAUGAUCAUAUAUGAUCUGUCACUACAGUAGUAUGUGUUGUGCAGCUAGUAAACACAUUAUUGACAGAACAUGUAGUUGCUGUAGAUUUUAAGAUUCUUGUAGAAUUGUGAUUUAUAGCUCUCGUAUUCUACUAAUUAGUAUUGUUCUGCCAGACAAAGUAUUACUACAUUUAUAACUGGGGAUCGGUCUUGCAGAUAAAAAGGUUGCAUGAUUUUUAUUUCAUGUGAAAUGUAGUUUAUAAGCCUAGCACAUACAGUAGCUAUCAUAUAUAUAUAUAUAUAUAUGUAUAUAUAUACUGUUGAGCUAUUGUAUUUUAUAAUGUUGUAAUGUAUUUUCUAGUCCGAAACAUGUGUUUGCAUUGAGGUCACUGCCUUUUAAUGUUUACAAAGAGAAAGUGACACUUGUGAUAUGUUUUAUCACUUGACUGUAGCAAAGUGCAGCACUGAAUAUA